ACCAUCACUACUUGUGUCUUGCUUCAUCACCUUCACAUUCAACAUCAAACACAUCACAUCUCUUACUCUUUUGUCUCAGUCUUAAUAGAGUGAAUAUCAUAGUAACCAAAUCAAAUGGCAGGCAUCAAAGUUUUCGGACACGCUGCUUCCACUUCCACCAGGAGAGUCCUCCUCGCCCUCCACGAGAAAAACCUCGACUUUGAGCUCGUUCAUGUUGAUCUCAAAGACGGUGAGCACAAGAAAGAGCCUUUCCUCUCCCGCAACCCUUUUGGUAAAGUUCCAGCCUUUGAAGAUGGAGACCUCAAGCUCUUCGAAUCACGAGCAAUUACUCAGUACAUAGCUCACCGAUACCAAGACCAAGGAACCAACCUUCUCCCAGCCGACCCCAAGAACAUAGCUCUCUAUGCAAUCAUGGCCAUUGGAACAGAAGUAGAAGCUCACCAGUUCGACCCAGUGGCUUCAAAGCUUGCUUGGGAACAAGUUUUCAAGCUCAUGUAUGGGUUGACCACAGACCAAGCCGUUGUUGCUGAAGAAGAGGCUAAGUUAGCCAAGGUCCUUGAUGUCUACGAGGCUAGGCUCAAGGAGUUCAAGUAUUUGGCUGGUGACACUUUUACUUUGACCGAUCUUCACCACAUUCCUGUGAUUCAAUACCUUCUCGGUUCACCGUCCAAAAAGCUCUUCACCGAGCGUCCACGUGUCAACGAGUGGGUGGCUGAGAUCACCAAGAGGCCGGCUUCCCAGAAGAUCCUUCAGUGAGAAAUUUCUUAAACGGAAAAAAUGGUUCUGCUACAGUCAAAAUAAUAAUGGUCAGAGUAAAUAAGUGGCUGCCUUAUUGCCCAAUUUCUCAGUACUCUGUUUUCUUUUCUUCAGUUAUGUGUGCGUGUGAGAGAUCUUUGUUGGAUCAAAACUAUUAAUCUAAUCUUCAAGCUCUUCUAUGAUAAAACAGCACAGUUCUUUAA